CGUGCGUCUUUGGCGCGAGCGCACUUGAACAACGGGAGAAAGCAGGAGCAAGCAGUUGACUUUAACACGAUCACACGCAGAUGAUCAGUCUAAUGCCCCGCCACCGCUAUCUGUUAACUCGGACUUUUCUUCCUGAUAGGCUUAUCUUUUAUUUCAAUGCGGUUUACAAUCGCUGCAACAAACUUUUGAGAGUAACUUAGUUUACAUGUAGCUUCUAAAGUCCACCACUGAGACCACCGAGAUUUCAUCCGUUCCGUUCGGUUCUUGUCGCUUCUCCGUUCAUUUCCCUGCAGUGUUGAGGAUGUACUACAGCAGGACCGGACUACUAACGUGGAAAAGCGGGAUGGUGGAUGUUUUCUGCAUGUGUUUGUUCUUGUCGUUGAUUUACGCUUAUAACAUUGAUCUGGAACACCACCUGGUUUUCCGUGGACCAAAUGCGACGUUUUUUGGCUACUCGGUUCUGGAGCACUUCCAUGAUAACACACGAUGGAUUCUGGUUGGGGCUCCACGGGCAAAUUCAUCCUUCAGUAACUCUAUUCACUCUCCUGGAGCUGUGUUUAAGUGCCGUAUACACAGCAACCCAGAGCGCCGCUGUACAGAGAUUGACCUGGGCAGAGGUAACAAGCAAAGGGAGUCUUGUGGAAAGACAUGCCAAGGUGACCGGGAUGAUGAGUGGAUGGGGGUCAGUCUGGCGAGACAAGACAAACCCAAUGGAAGAGUUCUGGCCUGUGCACAUCGCUGGAAAAACGUGUAUUACGAAACGGAGCACAUCCUACCACAUGGCUAUUGUUCUGUGAUCUCACCAACAUUACAGGGCAGGUCCCAGGCUCUCAUUCCGUGUUAUGAAGAUCAUAAGAAGACGUAUGGGGAAGAACAUGGCUCAUGCCAGGCAGGAAUCGCAGGAGCUUUCAUGGAGGAGCUGGUGGUCAUGGGAGCACCUGGAUCAUACUACUGGACUGGAACAGUGAAAGUGUUCAAUAUCACCUCCAAUACACAAUACAAUCUCAACAAAGAUCAGCUGAGUUCUCAAAGAUACAGUUACCUGGGCUAUGCAGUCACCGCUGGUCACUUCUCCUCACCUACUACCAUCGAUAUCGCUGCUGGUGCACCUCAGGAUGGUGGUGGAGGAAAAGUUUAUGUCUUCAGACUCGACGGUGUCUCUCUUGUUAAGGUCUUUCAAGCCUCAGGGAAAAUGAUGGGCUCAUACUUUGGCUCCUCACUGUGUGCAGUUGACCUGAACGCAGAUGGACUCUCAGACCUGCUGGUAGGAGCACCAAUGUACAGUGAGGUUCGAGAUGAAGGCCAGGUGUCUGUUUACAUCAGCAGGGGCAAUGUGAGUUCAUUCUCUCAUAAGGGUGUGAUGGAGGAUGCAGUGGUUUUGAAUGGAGACAAUGCAUACAAUGCUCAUUUUGGAGAGUGUAUCAGUGCCAUUGGGGACAUCGAUGAUGACGGAUACCAAGAUGUGGCGAUAGGAGCUCCCAAAGAGGACGACUUUGGGGGUGCAGUGUACAUCUACCAUGGUGAUGCGAAAGGAAUAGUCAACAAGUACUCAAUGAGAUUGUCUGGACGAAGCAUCAAUCCAUCCAUCCAAAUGUUUGGCCAGUCAAUAUCUGGCAACGUAGACAUGGAUGGAAACGGAUAUCCAGAUGUGACAAUCGGUGCAUUCAUGGCAGACAGUGUGGUGUUAUUAAGGUCUAAACCGGUAAUCACUGUGAACGUGUCCAUCUUUCUGCCGGUCUCCAUAAACAUCACUGUUCCUCAGUGUCAUGAAGGUCCACAGCAUCUCAACUGCUUUAAUGUCACUCUUUGUAUGAGCUUCAAUGGGAAACUUGUGCCAGGACAGAUAGAGCUGCUGUACAAUCUAACAGCGGAUGCAGACAAGCGAUACAAGGGCCUGACAUCACGGGUUUACUUCACACAAGGUGGAGAGCAGACUGGUGUUGUGAGUCAGAACUUCAGCCUUAGAACCAACCAGCAGAAAUGCCAUCACUAUACAGCCUAUGUACGGAAGGAAGUGAAGGACGUGUUUGCAGCCAUCAUUUUCGAGGCAUCGUACAGCCUGGGAAAGCAUGUUCUGGAAGAACGUCGUGAGAAUGAGCUUGCUGCACUCUCGCCUGUACUGCGAUGGAGAAAAGGAGACAAGAUUGCAGCAAGGGAUGAGACCUGGUUUGAGAAGAACUGUCUGUCCGAUGACUGUGCUGCUGACCUAAAGCUGCAUGGCAAACUGCUGCUUUCAGGACAUCACAUCAGGCCCCAUCUUGCUCUCGGUGGAGUGAAAAACGUCUCUCUCAACAUAACCAUCGUCAACUCUGGCGAUGACGCUUAUGACACCAACAUCUACUUUAAUUUUUCCAGGGAGGUUCACUACAUAAACUUUCUGCAGAGGGAAGAGAAAGGCAUUUCCUGUGAACUGAUUCAGCUGGACUUCCUUAAAUGCAGUGUGGGAUUUCCUUUCAUGAAAGCACAGACUAAGUAUCAUUUGUCUGUACUUUUUGACACAAGUCAUCUGUCUGGUGAAAAUAAAACACUGCUGUUUUUAGUACAUGCCAGAAGUGCCAACCCAGAACAUGAGAACAAAUUACAUGAUAACACGUUGGAGCUGUCUAUCCCACUGAUGCACGAAGUGGACACAGCUGUGACUGGUCUGGUUAAUCCUUCCUCAUUCGUGUAUGGAAAUUCUGUUGACCCUUCUCGCUUUGUUCAGCUGGAGGACUUGGAGUGCAACUUCCAGCCUCUCAACUUUACUUUUCAGGUGAUAAACAAUGGUCCAAGCAGACUGCCGGGCUCCACUGUGGACAUAAGGAUACCUAACAGACUGGUGGGAAAUGGAGCAGACAUGUUCCACAUCUUAGACACGCAAGUAGCUGAAGGCAAAGGGAACUGUACAUGGCACAGAAACCCCACACCAUGCAUCAUUCCCCAGGACAAAGAGAGUAUUUUCCAUACCAUCUUUGCGUUCUUCACCAAGUCUGGCAGGAAGGUCUUGGACUGUGACAGGCCAGGAAGAGCCUGUCUAACUAUUUCCUGUAAGCUAAGAUCCCAAGCUAAAGACGAAGCUACAAUUAUUGAUGUGCAAAUGCUACUGAACACUGAACCACUAAAGAAAGACAGCUCCUCGGUUAUUCAGUUUGUGACACGAAGUCAUGUCCAAAUAGACAGCCGGGCUAUGGAGGUGGUCGAUGGCCUACCAGAGGACAUUUCACUGGUGUUUGAGGCAUUGCACAGUCAGGAGCCCAGGGGUUAUGUGGUGGGCUGGAUCAUUGCCAUCAGUCUGCUAGUGGGGAUCCUCAUCUUCCUCCUGCUGGCUGUGCUGCUCUGGAAGAUGGGAUUUUUCAGGCGGCAUUACCGGGAGAUAAUAGAAGCAGAAAAGAACAGGAAAGACAGCGAUGAGAGCUGGGAUUGGGUUCAGAAAAGUGAAUGAAAGCCUGGAGUUGUUUCAGAUGACCCACUAAGCUGCUACCUUCACCACAGCCAUGUCCUUAGUCCCACCAUCCAUAUCGUCUUCCAUAUGUGGAAGAGAAGAAUAUUCUCCAAAUUUUUCGGGGGCCUUGACACUUUUUUUUGUAGGUAGAGAAAUGGAUAUUUGGCAUGAUGACAUGGUUCACCAGAUAUGACUCAUAGUGGAAUUCCAUAUGAUCCCAAUGGAGGCGGCCGUCUGCCAGUUGGAGCACAGGGACGGAAGGAAAGCAACGAAGGCUUCCACAUAAGGAUAUGGAUAUUGCGUCAAAACUAGCAGAUCAUAAAAACUCUCAGGGCGCUGUUUAAGAGCAAAGACCUAUUUUUUUACAUGUAUUCAUGUAUGGUGUAUAAAUGAGAGCUUCAAGAGGGCUUGUAGAUUUUUAGCCUUCAAACAUAUAUUUUUAGUAUUGAUGUUUGAAAGCACUGAUUCCCGACACAUGCUGAAGGUUUGAUACUCUUCAUGUAAAGAUCAAUGUUCCAGGAAGAACAUACAAUAGUACCAUAUGUUGGAAACAUCCUGAAAAUAAAUGGAGGGUUGUACCUCUGUUUCUUUUCAUUUCACAUUCAUCCAAUUUGCGGAAAAAAUGUUGUUGUUGAUGUUUUUGUUUUUUCCGUUGUUGCUUUCGAAGCUAUACUAUUUUUGUAAAGCUUUCACUGCUUUUGCAGUGAAACUCUUCUUAUCCUCUGGUCAAAUAUUGCACCUAAAGAAAAGUCCAAAUGUGCUGCAUUGCAUGACUGGGCCUAAGCUCACUCUUUGGGGCUUUUGGGAAAUGUUUUAUGUCAACACAUUGGAAUGCAAAGCUCCCUCAUAACUCAGAGCACAUCAGUUAUAAAGCAAAGCCCCACUCCAAGCAGAGGUGUGCAAUCACGUCUUUCCAAACUAUUUUUAUUCAAGUUCAUCAGCCAGUUGCGCAUAAUUGUAAAAUGCAGCAGUAAAACAGAACAUAAUGGAUAUAGAACCUAUUAAAUUACAUCAUCAUGUUCUGGUUUCUGUUGAGGACCUAAACUAGGGAGCAAACUGUAGCUAUCAUUUUCUCCUUUUUUUCAAUUCUUACCCAUAAUCUUUAUCAUACACUGAAUCUACAGAUUGUCAUAUGUAUUGUCUUUUUGUUUGAACUGAAAAAAUACCUUUACAAAUAAUAUAAAUGUUUUUUAAAAAUAGAGAUGACGUUGGAUUUUUUUAUAUAUAAUUCGCCAAACUUUUAUACCAAAGUCAGCAAAUUUUCUAGUUACUGCUUAUGUUUCACAUUUGUUGAUUUACUGAAGAAAAUUGCUUGUAUGUUAUAUAAAUGAUCCAUUCUGUCACUGGCAUAAACACAUUUCUCCUCUGCACCUGGCAAUGUUUUAUUUUUUAUUUUAUUUUUUUUUAUUUUUUUUGCAUGUGCAUAUGAGAGAGAAAUACUUGACAUUAAAUAGCUAUUUAUGUAUUGUAUAUUGACUGUGAGCGUUUCAGCAGUAUUACUAUUAUCACCUUUUUUUUUGAAUAAACUACUGUCACAGAUUUUCUUUUUUGUAAAUGCAGUAAAGUGAAAUACUUUGUGUAUAUUUGUCUGUUAAUUUUUCCAUUUUAAAAUUAAAGUUCACAAUUGGA